AUGAACAUACGCGACGCCAUCAGGUUCGGAUGCUUAAAUCAAAAGAUUUCGCAGGCCCUGAAACGACUAACAUCUCUUUCAAAUGUCGAGGUUGAAGGCGUUGUAUCGCGUACCAGCUUAGAGAAGGCUAGAGCCGAAUGGAAAAAAUCAGGACGCUCUGCAAACCUACUUGUAGACGUCAACGUUUACGGUCCCAACACUUCAGGAGUUGCUAAAGCCGCUGGUAGAAUUCUCAGCAAUACGAGGCUCUUUCUACAAUCCCCAAGCUUUGUCACACGCCUGGUCACAUAUGACAAUCCUCAAUAUCUUAAAUUGCCCAAUGUCUCAAAUUAUCAGCGAGAGGCCGUGGACUUUAUGACUAGGAGAGAAACCAGAGACUUACCUCCUUCACUCAGUCUUUGGAAACCUCACUCUCUUCCCGGAGGUCCAUUCUGUUACAAACACGUCAUCACUGGCGCAAAGAGUAGCGAGAUGGAGGAUGCCCUAGGAGGCAUAUUCGCUGAUGAGAUGGGACUCGGGAAGACACUAACCACAUUAGCCGUCAUUGUAGGAUCUCUGGAACGAGCGCUCAACUACGCUGUAGGGCUUACAAGAGGCUCAACAAACUCUUGGACGGAGAUCGUCCCUUGCAAAACCACCCUCAUAAUCGUCCCCUCUUCAUGUAAACAUAUUGAACCUGGAACGCUCAUGGUACAUCGAUUCCAUGGCUUAGGAAAACGUGUGGAUCUUGCUCAUCUACUUCGCAUGGAUAUAGUUCUCACGACAUACGCGACUGUCGCUGCAGACUUUUGUCGUGGAAAGAGUACACUAAAUCGCGUUGCGUGGUACCGCCUAGUUUUGGAUGAGGCUCACUACAUCCGCAACCCCUUGCGGAAACAGUUUCGCGCCAUCAAAACCAUACCUGCACACAUUCGCUGGUGUUUGACAGGUACUCCGAUUCAGAACUCCUUAGAGGACCUUGCUGCGCUCGUGAAGUUCUUACGAGUUCCGGUGCUGGAUGACCUGGCAUCAUUUCGCAAGCACAUCAGCACGCCAAUCCUGUCAAAGACUAACAAUCGUUUUGGCAACCUCAGCAGACUUUUAGAAGCCAUAUGUUUGCGCCGUACCAAAUUGAUCCUGCAACAACCUGAACCGGUCGUGGAAACGAAACUUCUUCGGUUUUCCGCUGAAGAACAGAUGCAAUAUGAGGAUUAUGCAGCGGGUUGUAAACAUCACAUCGACUUGGCUGUUUCAGGGCAUAGUUUCAAAAAAGCUAAUCAGCAAGUCAUCCAGGCUAUCUUGGGCCUAAGACUGUUCUGUAAUGACGGGGAAAGGUCCCUUGCCAAAAGAAGUUCAGCAUACGGCCUUCCAACCUUACCGGAAGAAGCUCUGAGCUUCUUGCAGACUUCCUCAGAUGCCGUGUGCAUCCAUUGUGGCUGCGAAAUCACGGCAAUGUAUCAAGGCGACGACAAAAGCUCAGGUGUACUGACUGUUUGUCAUCAUCUUAUAUGUGGUGAAUGUCUUCCAGAUUUUGAGGCGGACCUUGAUGAAAACUCUGAAGAUGGGCGUAGCUGCUGCCCGUUCUGCGGCUUAAGAGCAGAGAGGUCAUCAUUUGUUAUUGUACCUUCCUCGGACACAGAAAAUUCUACAGAUUUACGGACUACAGUAUGGCCUACAAAGUUGCGCGCGAUUCUCGACAAUGUUCAGCAACAAGGCUCAAGUGAUAAGUGCAUCGUAUUCUCUGCCUGGAAGACGACUCUCGACAUCAUGGCUGGUAUAUUCGAUGUCGCCUCAGUCCCGUAUUUUCGCAUACAUGGCAGCAUACCAGCUAGCAGGAGGAGUAAAGUUCUCGACGACUUUGAGCAGUCUACAACUGUUCGGGUAUUGCUAAUAACACUAGGGACCGGGGCAGUCGGUUUGAAUAAGAUGAAGGCUGCCAACAUUGUACACAUCAUAGAGCCCCAGUGGAACCCUUCGAUCGAGAACCAGGCCAUCGGGCGCAUUAUCAGGCUCGGUCAAGAGAAAACAGUUAAAAUAUUCCGUUACAUCAUGAAAGAAAGUGUUGAAGAGGUAUGA